AUGUCGCGAAGGUCAGCGUCGGCUGUAAUUGAUCUGACAUCAAGUUCAAGAUCAAACCGUCACGAUCCGAAUUCCCAACAAGGGCCAGCAUAUCCUCCCAACAGCAACGCCAACACCACCAACGAACCACGAGGCACAAAACGAAGGAGAUUAGAUGGCAACGACACACCAGGUUCCAUAUAUACACCACAUCCAACAGAGGCACCCUCAUCUAACGACCCGCUACAACCAAGCUCACAUAGCGAGGAGGAUCAUAUCGAAUCGGUUGACCUCACGGAAGUCAAUGAUGAUUCUGCGCUGGCCAAGACUCUCGCCAAACAGCGAGAAGACGCCAUCAAAGCUCAGGCUGCCACAGAAAAUAAAGAUGGACGUACAACGUUGCUGGCAUUCAAAUGUGCAAUCUGCAUGGAUACGCCUACGGACGCCACCACUACAGUGUGCGGCCACAUGUUUUGUCACAAAUGCAUUAUAGAUUCUCUACGUUACGAGGAAGAACGAUCAGAAGCUACAACGGGCAAGUCCAAUCGAGGGAAAUGUCCUGCAUGCCGCAAGCUCCUUACAAGAAAAGAUACACCGGGUCAAAGACGGGACCUCGUCCCGCUACAGUUCAAGUUGAAAACGCCUUCGUGA